AUGGAUAACUUCGUGGGGAUAAUAUUUGAGCACAUUUUGCAUAUUUCAGACCAAGAGGAGGUGGACGCCAAAUUAGUCGACGACUUGACGAAGCUUCUUCGAACAAUGGCCGAGAAAUACAACCAUGCUUUGGUAGAGACGGUCAGAACCACACUAGAACAAAUAAAGACUCGUGUGGUGAAGAAUCAGGUCCGCAAGAGCGAUCUUGUGUGCUUUGUCAUUUUAGGAUACGUAUUUUCUGCAUCAGAUCACUACCAUCUCGUGAUCACCCCAGCAUUAAUUAUCAUGAACCAGUUUUUGAACAACGAAAUCGGAGAAACGCAUAUUGAGAAUAUCGGCAAGGGCUUGUUUAUCUGUGACGUCCUUCUACAAUACCAAUUUUAUGCUAAGCGCUACUAUCCCGAGGUGAUAAAAUUUUUGGAAAGAGCUCUCACGAACCUUCUUCCAGAGCCCAAGAAGCUCGUUGAUGCGCUUGAUGCGAGAAAAGUAGAUGGGAAAAGCAACCUUGAUAAGAAGUUUCACUCGAAGACACAGCCGCGUGCAAUCCGUGUUCUGGAGCUUUUUGAGGUUCCAGACGCUGAGGCGAAGUUCAAUUUCAUUGCGCGUGCUUUCACUACGAUUGAUCGAAUCGUCGGGAUGUGGAAAGAGAAAGUGCUUUUCUCGAGAUUUUGCACCCUCUUAUGA